AUGCAUGCUACUCGGAUCCUCGCGCCUCGGCCCAUUUCUCCCACCCAGCAGCACGCGCUGGUCAACGCCGGCACGCCCACGACGGAGCUACUCAACAGCCUCGCUUCCAAGCUUGAUCUAUCCGCAACACGCCGCCCCUCGACGCCGCAGCAAGGCGACUAUGUCGUGCCUGCACCACCACCACCUAGUCCCAUUGGCUUCCGAGCCGAGCAUUGGCCCGCUGGCGUGCGCUACUGA